GAACGAAGGGGUGUGCGCGCCGCAGCUCGGCAGGGAUGCGGCAUGGCCGUGGGCUCCGUGAAGAUGCCGUCGCCGUGUGAAGGCGCGGAGCUGGCCCACAGCUGGAGCCCCGGCGGCGGAGCCCAUGAGCCGCCACCGCCGGUGCAGCUGCGGCAGAAGCUGCGGGAGCUGCCGGCGUUGCUGCGGAGCGGGCUGACGCUGCGGAGGAAGAGCGCUGCCGCCGCCGGCCGGACCCUGUCCAGAAGAAUAUCGAAUCCCUACUUGGAAACUUCUUCAAACAAGAUUUAUGGAGAAAGUUCUUCCUGUGCUGGGAGAGCUCUCAGGAAUAUUUUUACUCUACAAGCAUCUGACCUGAUUAAAGACAGGGUGUACCCUACUGGCAUUUGCAGGAGAAGCUGUGUUGGAUCGGAGCUGGUAGACUGGCUUUUGGAGCAGUGCCCUUUUGUUAAGUGCAGAUCCACAGCAGCUGGAGUCUGGCAGCUCCUCCUGGAUAUGGGCAUUAUAUUAUCAGUGGACAGACAACUCUAUUUUCAAGACACUCAUGCCUUCUACCAGUUCUCAGCAGAUGAAUGUACCUACCUUUUCUGUGAAUUUGAGAAAGAGGAAGGAUGGAAGAAUGGAGUUAAGCUUCUACUUCAACUACUGCCCUUGUCUCCUCCCAGGAUUGACAUGUGUAAUCUGCCUGAUCAAAAAAUAGAAGAUACAGCAGAAACCAAUGCUGAAAUUCUUGCUCGUCUCACUUCUGCGGUUCAGAGGGAACUGGCUGCUGUCAUUGCCUUGAAAGCAAGGAAGUCAGCAAUUCAUCAAAAUGAAGAAAGCAGCAGUCAAGAGACAAGAGGACUAGAAGACCUCAAGGAUACCUCUGAUGCUCAGGCAGGGGUUUUGUGCAAGCUUCAGGGCAGAGAUGACAUCGGACGCAUCGAGCUGGUCCAGAAGCUGGCGAGAGAGAACUGCCAGUUUUUGCAGGCGGAUAGAAAACCACCGGAGAAGGCAGAACAAGCGGCGGAUGGAGGCGGCGAGCGGUGGCGGGAGGAGGCCGGCGCGGCGCUGGUGCUGCGGAAGGUGUGGUCACGCAGCCCGGCCCCCGAGCGGCGCGGGAGAUACGUGGUGGUGUCGGGGACGCCGGAGAAGAUUUUGGAGCAUCUCCUCAGUGACCUGCACCUGGAAGCCGCCCAGGACAAAGAGACGGAAACUCUCCUGGAUGACUUCCUUCUCACAUACACAGUCUUCAUGACGACUGAUGACUUGUGCCAGGCACUUCUGAGGCACUAUUGUGCUAAGAGCCACCAAGGAAAAGAAGAUGACUCUGAUGUGUCCUGUAGGAAACGAAAAGUCUUGCAUUUGGUGUCUCAGUGGACUUCUCUCUACAAAGACUGGUUACACGAAGAUGAGCAUUUAAAACAGUUUUUAAAGACAAUAUACAGGAAUGUGUUAGAUGAUGUGUAUGAAUAUCCCAUUCUUGAGAAGGAACUGAAAGAGUUUCAGAAGAUACUUGGGAUGCAUCGUCGCCACACUGUAGAUGAGUAUUCACCUCACCGAAAGAAUAAAACCUUUUUCCAUCAGUUCAGUCUGAAGGAGAACUGGCUGCAGCACAGAGGAACCAUGAACGAAACAGAAGAAAUUUUCUGCCGUGUGUAUAUAACAGAGCACUCCUAUGUCAGUGUGAAAGCUCAAGUAUCCAUUUCAGCUCAGGAGAUACUGAAGAUUGUGGCAGAAAAGAUCCAGUACCCGGAGGAGGAGUUGGCACUGGUGACAGUCACAUUCUCUGGAGAAAAACAUGAACUGCAACCGAAUGACUUGGCUAUCUCAAAAUCUUUCGAGUCAUCCAGUCGUAUGUUUGUCUACCGAAAAGAUAUGACUGAUUCUUUGAACCCGUUUUCUGAAAAUGAAGAAUUGCAGCAAAGGUCUGUGAGAAUUUUGGGAAUCAACACCUGGGAUCUUGCCUUAGAGCUAACAAACUUUGACUGGAGCCUCUUCAAUGCAAUUCAUGAGCAAGAGCUGAUAUACUUCACGUUCAGCAGACAGGGCAGUGCUGAAAACACUGAGAAUCUCAGUCUUCUGCUUCAAAGGUGCAACGAGGUCCAGCUUUGGGUUGCCACCGAGAUACUCCUCUGCAGCCAGCUCUGCAAACGUGUGCAGCUAGUCAAAAAGUUCAUCAAGAUUGCUGCCCACUGUAAAGCCCAAAGAAAUCUGAAUUCAUUUUUUGCUAUUGUUAUGGGUCUCAACACUGCAUCUGUCAGCCGGCUGUCUCAGACCUGGGAGAAAAUUCCUGGGAAGUUCAAGAAACUUUUCACUGAGCUUGAAAGUUUGACAGACCCUUCUCUGAAUCACAAAGCUUACAGGGAUGCAUUCAAGAAAAUGAAAUCUCCGAAAAUCCCCUUCAUGCCCUUACUUCUGAAAGAUGUAACAUUCAUCCAUGAAGGAAAUAAAACUUUUCUGGAUAACCUUGUUAACUUUGAAAAGCUGCACAUGAUUGCAGAUACUGUUCGAUCAUUGAGACAUUGCAGAAAUAACCAGUUUGGCAAUGAAGUUCCUUCAAAAGAGCAUCAUGAGCUGAAGCCAUACGUCCAUCACCUGCAUGUCAUCGACAACCAGCAAGCUCUGUUUGAGCUUUCUCACAGGAUAGAGCCGCGAGUCUGAGCGUACACAGCUUCAUAUAACCUUGUAACUGCAGCACUUUGAAUUAAGUGAAUGUUUAUGCCAAGCAUGUUGCUUCCCUAUAUAAGAACAGUUUACUGAGUUUUAUCAGUAGCUCACACAACAUGCGCAGGAAAAUCAGGCAAGAGCCAGCAAAGGAGCUGCUCACAGAGUUGCAGGGCAAGCUUGGUGCCAACCUUGCUGGUCACUGGGACAGGAGGCAGCAGAGCAGCAUCCUUUGAGCUCGGGAGCUUGGUUUCUGUUAAAAUAUUGUUUGGUCCAGUGUAGCUUUCAAUGCAGAUUCUGCCAGUAUUAGAAUGAAAGGAAACGUCGUGUCUCCGCAGCAAAACAUUGCAGCAAGCGACAUGGCACAUGGAUUCUCAGUUCACCACAGCCUGUACCUCGCUAAUGCAAAGCUGCCAAAGUAUUGUUGCCAAAAAUACCGUGCAAUUCAUGCAGCUCCCCUGAGUCCCCUUGAGCAUCUUAUUUGAGAUAAGUGUGGACAACCAGGAAUGGGAAUAUAAAAAGACAGUGCACCGGAUGAAACUCAAGAGUGCGUCGUGAUGUGGAGGUCAGCAGUAAACGCUUCAUGCUGAUAUGGCCCCUUAAGAAUCUGCUUUAUAGAAAACACUGUAAGAGCCAAUCCACUUUUGUUACAAUUUAUGGACACAGUUGUUUGUGCACAGAAAACAUACGAUUUUCUUCCUUUUCAGUUAUCUCAAAUUUAGCACCAGCUCCUGCAGUUAACAUGUUAUAAAUUAUUAUAGCAGGAGCUGUUUUCUGCUUGGAUUACAACCUCCUUGGUGUCUAUUCAGAGGCAAUGCCUAGGUCCACCUACAUUCCUAACUCACCUCCUGGAAAGACUGUUUCAGCAGGUAAAACGUCACCUAACUUGCACAUGCCUCUAGUUUUCAAAGAAUAAAAGGUACCUUGCUGGGUACCAGUGUAAUUACCUGCAUACACACCAUGCUCUCAGCAUCAAGGUUCCAUUACUGCUUCUGUCCUUCUCACACCCCUCCCCAUGCCAAUUAUUUUCUAGCUAAAAGUACUACGUCUGGGCAUGUACUGAGGCAGCAUUUCUAAAAUCUGAUCUACAGUUGACCUACAUCCAAGCACCACCAUCACCAUAGCCCUGGUUUUCAGCACUAAGAAUAUGCCCCAAAAUAAUCCAGCGAAUGCCACAGGUGAGGUGCAGUGUGCUACACACUCUGGCUCGUGUUUGUACACUGAGUCAAGGUAAUUGUCCCUUUGCAGAGCAGGGAGGACAUUGCAAUGCUUUCCCAUCUCUAUUGUAUGUUUUCCACAUGAGGAAGACUUCCAAGAAAAUGCUCCUUUACUGAAAUGUGGGAAUACUGAAGUAGCAUGCUUUUCAUUGUUGUGUUAUCUCUGGUUUAAAGGGAUUUAAAAAAAAAAAAAAAAGCAGCUUUAACAAGUAGUCUGUGGGGGAAUCUGUAGAAUGCAUUCAGUUUUCCCAUAUGUGAAAUAUUGUAUGGAUCUAUUGUAAAGGAAACAGAUGUUUCAGAAAUGUAUUUGCUUGUACUUUGUUAUUAUCAAAUACUAUAUGAUUUUUUUUUUUUAAAGAAAAAAAUAAUCUUCUUUUUACCCAGUAAAAAGAGAAAAAAAAAAAAUAAACUCUUGCUGGCCAUGGAGUAAAAAUUUCCUAUGUUCUUCUGUAGAUGUGAUUGCACAUAUUGUAAAUAACUUUUUUGUGCAAAUAGACCAAAACUGUUCAGAUGAGGAUACUGGCUGCAGUGGGCUCCUUUUUGCAGUGUAAGAACACAAACCAGAUUCAAUUUGCUGCAUGUGUUACUGCAGUUCUCUCUUUGGCCAUAGCACUCGCUGAAUCCCGACCCUCAACAAGUUACUUGGGUGCUUUGCUGGUUUUUGAGCUCCCCCAUGUGAAAUCUUUUUAACUGUGGCACUAUUUCUAGGAGCCUGUAUGUAGACCAGCCUGCGUGCUUUAUCUCAUGUGGUGUAACACCCUAGUCCACAAGUUGUUCUCUUGAAAUUAUUGGGAAAGGGAGGAUGAGAAGGUAUUCAGGGUGAGAAAGUGGGCCUGUUUCUUAGUUCACUGCAUUAGUCUCCAUCAUAGUAGUUAUCACUGAUGAAACAGCAGCAGCAGUAACAAAGAAUAAAAUACAAGGAAAUAAAAGACAAAAAAAGAAAGAAAAAAGAAACAAGUCAAGGCUCCUCACUCUGCCAGUUCAAACUGGUUGAAGUAGAUGGAUGGGUUGACUUGUACCGUUAGGCUUCAAGCCAGCUGAGGUACUGGCUGUCUGCACAACUGUGACUUUGUACUAAAUCAAAUGUUUUCUGCCCCUUGCAGCUGGCAUAAGCUCAGUUUGAAGGCACAUAGUCAGCAUUUACCUCUUUUACUGUGCUGUGGCUAAUUAGACUACUGUUUGAAACUUUACAAACUCAUUUUUAUAGUGGCCUGUAUAAUUAGUAUAUAACUUUCUAGUCUGAGGGUCCAACUUGGAUGCAUGAAUUUCACAUUGAAAAUACAGAUAGUAUAAUUGUUACCAAAAGGAAAGGUGAAUAGUUCAAAUCUGUAGCUAAUAUGGCUAAUAAAAAAAGGCCCAUCAGAGUCUUCAUUAGAUGAAAGAAGCACUACAGAAUUGGGCAGUAGACUGGCAAGCAGUUCGAAGGUGUGCUGGUUGGGAGGACGACUAGAAAUAAACCCCAUGAAAGAGGGGAACACUACAGAGCCCCUGAUUGGGUCCAGCACUGGUGAUAUUGUGUGAUUUUUAAAUCCUUCAAUAGUGCAAUUAUGUUGCAUAGGCUAAAAUCCAUUAAUCUUUUAAGUUCAGGUUUUCACAGUCACACCUGGGGUUAAAUACUCUGCAUAAUUUCCUAAGUAGCUAGGAGGAAUAAUUAGACAGAACAAAGGAAAAAGCUGGGUUACUUUAUACCUUUUUGAUGUGGGAUUUUGUUGCAUCAAAUUUAGAUGCUUCCUAUGACACAUCUUUUUGAUUCUUAGCCCUGUCUCAGAUAGAAAUAAAUUGCAUUUGCAUGACAGUGGCAAAAAAAAAAAGUUAUCCAAAAUAGUAAGACAUGUGCUGCUGUAAAAUUACAAAGGUGUAAAUACUAAACAUUUUAGCAGAUAAAUAUUUAUUUGCAUAGCCUAUUUAUUGUCAUCUUAUUACACUAUUAAGAUAUACUGGGAUGAAGUCAAUGAGCUGAGGUAAGAGCACCUGCCUGUUCCACUCUCUCUGAGUGCCAUAGUGCUGUCAGCUUGCAUUAAAAGUAAUAAAAAAAACCCAAAUCAAGGUAUUUACCUAACUUCUCAGGGACUACAGCUAGUAGUUAUCCACUGUUAUGAGACCUGGUAUGUAUGAAAUAAUCUGAUUUACCAGAAUCAACAUUGCCAAUGUUUUCCUUUCGAUAUUUCAUGCUUGUCUGCCUCUGUACAUAUUAUUGUGUUGUGUAUUUAUGAGAGCUAGUAAGCAAUAAUUUAUAUGUCAAAAUGGCCAAGCAAUACAAGGUUAAAACUUGUAGAAGCAACUGUUCAACAUUUAUCUUGCAUUUUCCAGUGUUUUUUAAUAUUGCUUUUCAAAAAUAUAAAAACUACCUUAAUGAA